AUGCCAAACUUCGUCGAGUGUCCCCACUGUUUCCGUCUCUAUUCGCGACACUCAUUGGCCAUUCACGCUGGAAAAUGUCUCGAAAACACAGAACGCGACGUCCCUCCGUCCAUGGCGAGCACGACGAAAAAGAAAAAGACGAAGAAGCCGGCUCUGGAGCGUCCAAGGACUCGUUCUCUGUCUCGCAAAAGAUAUGCAGAAGGUGAAAUUUUUAUAUGGAAAUGAUUUGACACAACUUUGAACACUGCAGACUUGCUCCAUGUUUGCACUGUGUGUGGUAACGAGUUUGAAGCUUCCAGUAUUACCGAACACAAAGAGAGAUGUAUCGAAGGUAUCAUUUAAAAAAGAACUUUGACGUGAAAAUUGACCAUUUUUUAUUCAUUUUUGUGAGUUAUUGUUAUCGGAAAAUAUCAGACAUCUAUGAAGGGAUUUCAAAUUGACAUUCUUACUCAUUUACGCCCUCACAUUUAGGCUGCGUAACAUUUCUAGCUUACGGUCUCCGAUGAUUUGAAAAAAGUAGUUCUCUAGAAAAAACAGAAAGAGUAGUUUUCUGAGAAAAUACUAUGUUACGUGGGAAUCUGAGCUUAACGAGUAGCUUAAAAAUGAGUUUUUUUUUUUAGCGUGGAAAGAAAAAGCAAAGGAGCUCUCGGGUAGGUUCAGCGUGACGCCACCGCAGGAGCUUCUGGUGCCUUCUGUGGACGGCACGACGGACGUCGCCCGUGAGAACGAACACGCUCGGCGACAGUCGCAGUUCGCCCAGAUUGCGCGAUGUCUAAACUGCAACGCGCGUGUCUCCUUCGCAGAAGCCAGUGCCCACCAAUGCGUUCGUUUCGAACCUUUAGUUGAGUUCUACUUCUAG